CCGGAGAAAUGGUGGACUUUGGAUGGCCUUGUGAUUGAUGAACUGGCGUUGUUUUUACAUUCGCAAUGAGUUUUGUCACCACAGUAGUUCUAAUUCUUUUCGGAUUAUAUAUAGUUAACAGUGUUUAUGUUAUUUAUAACCUUUUUCACGUGCCGACGUGCCAGGGAGGCACAAGGCAAUGCCUUAAACCUCAUGGUAUUAUAAACAAAAAGUUAGAGGUAAGUUAGCUAAGUGGCAUUUUGUAGGGAGAACAUUUUGUUCCACGGUAUAAUUAAUCCAAAAAUUGAUAUUUGAAGUUUUAUUUCUUAUUACUUUAAUUUUUGUGGGAUAAAGCCCCUUUCACUUUCUCUUCGAUAUCAAAAAGCUUUUUCAUUAAACGAUCCCAAAGAAAGGGGGGGAGGAGGGAGUAGGGAGGUAGAAGACGUUCAUCUUGUAGGUCAGGAGUACACAGCAGUUGGAGAAUUUUCUGCUUUUAGAAGUAAAUCUGUAUAUUUUGAAAAUAUUUCUCAGUAUGAAUGUUCAGGAUGAAGAAAUUUGAAAAGAAGCCAGUUGGGGUUUUAAAAUUUAAUUGUACUCUGUUUCAUAACAAAAAAUUUAAAAUGACUAGAAUUAUAAAGGUCACUGUAAAAACUCUGGCAACGUUCAGAAAAAAAUUAUUUUGCCCAGUAUUAGAGGAAAUUUAUAGAUUGGUGAGAAAAUCAUUCCUUGUAAUCAUUUACAUUUCAGGCCUCUUUCAACUUGUUGAAUUUAUGUUAACUUUUGAUGUUUAUACUUGCAGAUAUCAAUUUAUACAUCACUUGAAGAAAAAAUACAGAACAUCAACAAGAGAAAUUCCAAUUUACUUUGGAAAAGUGAUAGUUUUAGUGUGUCAAAUCAGUUCACAGAGUAAGUUAAAUAUUUGCCAUUCAGGACAGAUCAAACUUUAAUCACUGCAAACCCUAGAAUUUCACGGUAACAAUUAAUUCUGGUGAUGUGUCGUUACCAUGUUCUCAAAAUAGUAAGUAUGGAAAAGUAGUUUUCCACUGACAUAUUCAGCCUUAUGGAUUAAAAUUCAAAUGUCCCAUUUUUACUCCGUUAAUAUUUUUAGCAGUAGAGCAAUUCCUUUGUUCUACAUUAAUUUUACUUGUAUGCAAGAUCAGUUGUUUAUCUUCCCUUUUCUGUCAUCAUGUUCCCAUGGUGGAUUGCAUUUUACCAGAGGGGAUGGCCCAUGUGUUCAGUAAUCUCUAUGGCUUUCAGUGCAUUGAUACUUCAAAUGACAUUGACUAUUUUUGUUAUAAAAGUAUACAAUAUACAAGUUCCAUUUCACAUUGACAACAAUAGAACAUCCUGUUUUUGAAAGCAAAAUAUAUAUAAAAAGUAGUUUCUUAUUAAUUUUCAUGGAAGCAAAAAAUAGUUACUGAUGGAUUCUUGUGAUCUCUGAGCACGGAUCCAAACAAUUGUUCUCCAUGGGAUUUGAAAUCUAAGGGGUUGCACUGCAUAAUGACUUGACAUGACAUGACAAUUACACUGACCAACAAGUUUUCACUUACUGUAAUAAUUCAACAUCACUUGACCCUUUUUGAUCAGUUAUGCCCAGGUUGUUGAAAUGGUCAGCCUAUCACUUAAAAUUAAAAUUUUGAAGAAUUCCCUAUUGUGGACAAAAGACUUUGUAGCUUAUGUCUGGUCAUUAUCUUCAUACAUUGUAAAUUCAAUUUAGAAUUCUUGUACUUGCAGAUCAAUAAAUGCAAAUAUACCAAAUGAAACAAGAAACAAUGGAUCACUUUAUGCUCACAUAUAUGUUUAUCAAGCUGGAGUUUCCCCUUUUGAGAGUGAAUAUGUAUCACAUGCCUCAGCUCCUCUGACAAUGUAUUCGCUGCCUCGAGAUGAAUCUAUUAACCUUCUCUCAACGGAAAAACCAAAGGUGAAUCAAGUUACUCUGUUAUUUGCCACCAGUUGUUAACUCAGUGAUUAAAUUAGUUACUCCACUUCUGGUAAUGUUAGACUCAAAUAUAUUGAUGGAUAUAUCAAUCUGUAAUUAUCAACUGUUUUCUUGGACCUGGCUGAUUAGUUUGGUUGUUUGUCUUCUUGUUGUGUUCCAUUUUGUGAAAAGCCUAUACACAUUUAUUUUUUAUCUUUAAUGUUAAAGUUUUUACACAUCUGAUCUCUCUUUGGUUAUCACAUUCUAAGCACAACAAACUUCUUUCUGUCUGAUAAAUGAAUUUGUUUGGCAUGUAAAAAAUGUUCAUUUGAAAAAUAUAAGAAUUUAUUAUGUUAUUUUGUUUGUUUUGUAUCUUCUUCUUGAUGCUAACUAUAUAAGUGACCAUACUCAUUUUGUUUUUAUGCGAUGAAUUCAAUAGCACUUUUGUUAUUAUGCAGAAGUCUAGUGUUACUUCGAAUGAGAUUCCAGUAACCCACUGGAAGCCCAUCCUGAAUUUUCAUGUUCUGAAUGAAAAAGUUGAAUUUGAGAGACAAGCCAUUCCCAGUGAGAUCUACCCUUUCAUCAGGUAUGAUUGACAUUCCUCCAAUGUAGAUAAGAAAAUUCUUGAAUGUGUAUAUCACAAGUGUACCUCUAUGUUUAGUUAUAAAUGGAGUCCUUCUGAUAGACUGUGACAUUUAGUAGAAGAAAAGACAUGUGGUAAAAGAAAAAAAAAUUGGUCAAACAGGUAUACUAUAUGGCAGAUCAGUGAUGUCGAUUAAAAUCUUCUUAAACUACCCCAAAAUGCUCAUGUUCAUUUUUGUUGUUCUUGCUGAUAGAUUAGCUCCUAACAAAGAAUACCUUCCUGUGCUAUACAUAGACCAGCUUGGUGUGAUUUAUAGAUAUCUUAAGGUACGUUGUUAGUCAGAAUAAAUGCUUAUGUCAUUUGGGUGCUCACUUGUUUACCACUGGCCACUGUUCCAAUAUGGCUGACUGUUAAAAAUUAUCUAGAGAACACUGGGGAUGACUGGAAAUAGACCAAGAAAGGAGUAGCAUUGAUCCAAUUUGCUUCAUGCAUAGUACAGAAAUCAGGAUAAAUCCUGGUUAUUGUGCAUGUGUCCCAAGCAAGUCAGAGUAAAUCUUCCACCUCAUUUACAACCAACCCUUUAACCCCCAAGAGUGAUUAGCAUAUAAUUUCUCCAUACAUUAUUAUUGCCGAAGCAAACACUAAAGUUAUGAGAGUGUAGGAGAUGGUAACCACAUUAGGAAGCUCUUAAUUAUUGGACAAAUUCUUCUAGACAGUACCAUAGGAAAUGUAUAAAGAAGAGUAACUGUAGAGAAUACACAAACUAAUGUAAUGGAAUAUAGGCUUAAACAUGAAAUUUCUUUUUCACAGAUUGUGAAGUUGAGCUGCAUGACUUGUAUUUCUGUUAAUUUCCCCACAGCCUGUGAACAAAAGCAGCAGUGAGAUGCAGCUAAAGAUAAACUACGCACCUAUUUCUCUUGGCAAGCUUCGUAUAUGGUCAUCAGUUCACCAUUCAUUAAAAUCAAUGAAGGAUUUAGGUAUGAAUAAAAUUACAGGUGCAAUAUGGAUGAUCAUUCUCCAAAACUUUCUUUUGGCUGCUACAGAUGUAUCAGUGACUUACAAAUUUUUAAUGGAAAUACAACUCUUGUGAGAAAUACUUUGAUUGACUUGUUAUGAGAAAAAAGAUUUUGUCAGACAAGACAGAUUGCUGCAGACAACACUUCUUGUUGAAGAGGGAAGAUGUAUGUAAUAAAAUUGUAUAUAAUUAUUUUAAGUACUGACAGCAUUGUUCAGUUGGUGCAAAAAAACCUUAUGUUUCUGGUUAAUUUAAGGAUUUACUGACAAGGAUUUGGAUGAUGUCAGAGGAAUUUUCACAGACACAAAUCUCUUUCUUCUGGCUCUUACCUUUGGAAUAACAGUUCUCCAUGUAAGUUUUACAUGAUCCCUUUAACUCCCAUUAUCUCAUUAGAAAUUCUCCUUACUGACUGCCAAAUAAUUCUCAUUAUGUUAAUUUGGAGAAUUUGGUAUUGGAUCUAUUAGUAAUCUAAGUUUAUUCUUAUCACUUGUCUGCAUGAUAUUGUAUUGAUAUAGUAAAGAGAAAUUCUGUCUUGGUCACUCACGGGAGUUAAAAGGUUAUGAGCAAAUGUUUACUUUUGUAAGCACAGUUGCAGAACCUUAACCUAAAGGAUUGCCAUGUGGUGUCUCAAUCAGUUUAAUUGCUAAAAAUUUCAAUGAGAGAGAGAGCCAUGAACAGACCUUGCACAAAAGUUAUGACUACACUAAAAUUUUAUAAUAAUGAAUCAAAUCUUUCAAUGGAAAGGAUUCAGUGUACCGUUCUGUGCUCGGAAUUUUAUGGAAUGUGUACAGAAAACAACCAUGAAUAAUCGUGUUCAUUUGUGAGACAGCAGUGUGAAAUGUUGUUAUUUUCUUUUGUAGCUUCUGUUUGACUUUUUAGCCUUUAAGAAUGAUAUAAAUUACUGGAAACACAGGGACAGCAUGGUUGGCUUAUCAAUGAGAACCGGUAAGGAAUCAUCUAUUCUUGACAAGCUUGGGCGAGGAAAGUUUUGCUUAGCAUAGUACUUGUAGACAGAAAAUUGGGCAAUUUGUGCCAUUGUCGCUUAUUUGACACAUUUGUCUAGAUAAAACAACCAAUGAAUAGUUAAUGGCUGUAUUAUUUCCACAUGCAUACUCGGGAAGUAGCACCUGAUAGGUGUUAGUGCCAAACAAGAUCGUUGUCUAUAGCUCUGUCUUCACAGUAGCCUCAAAGUAUUUUAAUAAAGUAAAGUGAUAAAAGUUUUUUGCAAAUGCUGUGUUAUUACGAUGUUGAUGGUUUCUAUCCCUUUCCAGUCAUUUGGCGAUGUGUGAGCACAUUUAUAAUCUUCUUGUACCUGAUGGACGAGCAAACAAGUCUACUUGUUCUUAUCCCAGCCGGGAUCGGUGUACUCAUUGAAGUAAGUAUUUGAUUUAUCAUGAGGCAAAUCCGAGGCAAGCGUGAAAGGCACGCGUGUAAAGCGCGUGCGCCUAGUGUUUGCCUCCCUUUACUUAAAAACACCAAAGAGAGCACUCACGUUCCGCAGGCUAGUUGGAACCUAAGCCAUUUUUAUUACACGAGUUGCCUAAUAAACUCGUGUCUUGAACUCAUAGCAUUUUGAAUCCCUAAUUUCUCUUUCACCGAGCUCUUUCAUCAGUCUGAAUUCAAAUUUUUAUACGUUUUUGAUUAAAUGAUUAAUUACACAACUACUUGCAGUUAGCUGACAGAAAAAUAUGCAUAACAUAAUGUGACAUAACGAUAUUUUAAUGUUUACUAGCUGUGAUCUCAUUCCUUUAGGGAAGACAAACAACUCAAAAAAAUUUUCCUUGUUUCCAACAAGUGGCUUCAUAGCGGUGUUGGUAGCAGUGCCCCCUAGACCUAUACUUGGCAUGUUCGGUUCAAUCCCCGUUGAAAUACAAAUCUUCUCAAGUUAUUUUGUCUUCGAUUACUUAAUGUACCUUCUUUCAACCUUUAAAGGUAAAUUCGCAACUUGAAGACAGCGGCUUGUUAUCGAGCCUAGAGUGCGGGUAUAAAUUAAGUUUCCCUCUAGCGUCAAGAUCUAAUGAGCAUAAGCUACGAAGUUUUUUCCUUUUAGAUACUAACUGGUUUCGCUUCCUUAUCUUCUUUUCAUGAAGGUUUGGAAGGUUACCAAAGCAUUCAAAGUCAACAUCAAAUGGGAGAAAGGUGCAAGACCUUCUGUACAGGUGAAUAAAUGAAGACUGACUCUUUGCCCACUCUCUUCCCUUUCAUCCGCCCACUAAAGUGGACACUAAUUGGUAAAAAUAACAAGAGAUUUUGGCAACUGAAAAAGACCUGAAAUUUUAUCGGGCACACACACAGUAAUGCACGGCCCGCUAAGUGGACCAAUCAAAGCACUUGUAAUAAUUUAGAGAUUUGAUAAUAUGAUUUAUACAACGUGAAUGUAAAUUAAAGAAAUAACGCCAGUUAACGUUCUUUCCUUAGUAAAACUUAAUUUCGGCAGAUAGAGUUAGUUCUCAUUGCGACCUUUUCUUUUCUUUCGAAGUUUGGACAACGGACUUCUAAAGAGAAAGAAACUGAGGAGUUUGACAGCGAGGUAAGGCAGAACGAUGAAUAUCAUACAGUGAAGUACAGGUAUGAAGAAUUGUCUACACGCACUUACAUGUAGUUUUCCAAUUUCCAAAUAAGUGUUGAUAUAACCUAGCGAUCCACUAGUUGUCUUCGCAGCUGUACUCUUGGCUGUCACGCGUCGCUCUCCCCAAUCCACCGAGGGGACUUUGCGUGACUUCCCAAGGACGACAGUGAUUAGAAUCCCAUCCAGAAGAAGUAAAAUGAACACGUCUUCUCGUGUCAUGCUGUAGAAAGCGGGAUAAGCUCCGGAAGUCGUAUAGGGACCAAGAGCGUGAUCUUACCUUUGUACAUCCACAGAAAUAAUGUUAAAUAUUGUUAGUUUAUAUUUUAGGUCAAGCUGUGAGAUGUGAGCUGAUGAUUGAGAUUCGAUGGACCAACUAGAACGCUAUAGACACAGUAUGUGAUACUAGGAGUUUCACAGAAUUCUGCAUUGUUUCAUUAUUUUCUCUUGUUUUGUUUUGCUUUGUUUUUCAGGCCAUGCGUUACAUUUCUUAUGCACUAUACCCUCUGGUGAUAGCUGUAGCUGUAUAUUCACUUCUGUACCAACCACAAAAAAGGUAGAGUGAAAAAAGGGAAGUGGAUUGUUAAAUGCCAGGGGUGAAUGAAUCAAGUUUAAUUUUUGUGGAGACCUCGCCGAUCUUUGAAAACAGUAAAUGUGUAUUGGACUUGUCUAAUUUUACGUAUUAACGCUUUACACCCUAACAUCAUUAUGCAUAUUCUCCGUACUGUUCUCUGUACAUUUCGUAAGGUGCUAACAGUGAGAAUUUGUGUAAUAAUCGAGAGCUUCUUUCUUUGAUCGUUUCCUUAAUUCUUGUGACCUAAAUGUUUGAUUCAGGGGUGAUAUUGUGAGGAGAAAUUAGAUGCUAGUCACUCCCGUGAGUUAAAGGUUUAAAUGAUUUGACUUUGCUUAUUUCUCCAUGUAGUUGGUAUUCCUGGAUUGUGCGCAGUCUUGUCAAUGGUUAGUAUAGCCAGAAUAUGAUAUUUGAUUCUCCCCUCUAGCUGCUAAACCCUUCCUUAUAAAUAAGUGUGGAGAAUUUGGUGUUAGAUUAAGAUAACAACUCUUACACGAUUAAUUUGAGCAUUGCCAAGGGAGAAGUUAAACGCCAAUCACUUCUUGUAGUUUAAGGGUUAAGUCUCAUUUAGUGACUACGUCUCGGUAGUCUGAGUUGUUUUGGGAGACGUGUUAAACUCCAUUUGACCUGGGGUUCCCUAAAAAGCUCACAACAACUUCUAACAAGGGUAUUUUUUAUUAUGUUUGUUGAUAGCGUCUUGUUUGUCUUUGCUUCCUUGUAGGCGUCUAUGUGUUUGGUUUCUUGUUCAUGUUGCCUCAGCUAUUUGUAAACUACAAGGUAGGUGGGAAAAGAAAGGGCAUUCUUUUUACUGUGACAAAGUAGGAGCGAGUGUGGUUGGUCUUAGUUUGCACCUGAAUGCUUGGAAAAGUUGCGGAAGUUUCGGAGACCAACCGUAGAGCAUAGCGAAGUAAAAACAAUAGGUACUUCCGACUAAGUGAAAAUUGAAAAUUUGUCAUAAACAUAUAGGGGCAGCGAGACUUUCGUGGGAUCUUACAUGAUCAAGAGGUGCCGGCCAUGAAUUGAAUUAUUGGUAGGGGAAAACCAAUCAGGAAUAUUACUGAUCGUCAUAAUUUUUUCUUUCAGCUUAAGUCCGUGGCACAUCUACCUUGGAGAGCUUUUAUGUACAAGGUACUUCGUUUUGUUUGUUGUGGCCUGCAGACAACGAUUGAAUAAUAAAUUGUGAAGUCUUAAUGUUCUCUGGGGCAUUUUUUUCUGCAGUUAUGGUAGAAUUCUCCAGUGGAAUUAAUGAUUCGUUCCUUUCCAGCAGUUUCAUGAGGUGCUAGAUGCCCCAAGCCCCAAGCCUGUUCAGGUGUUUUUCUUUCCCUGACUGAAACUCUUCAAAGUAUCCAAAGCUAAAAGUUGCGGCAACAAGUGUCGUCGAAAAAGUUAUCUCGAAGCUUAUCCUAUCAAUUUCUCCGGCUCAUCUCUAGCGGCAUCGCUCUCUGGACCCUUGAAAUAGAAUCUUUGUCUUCGUAUUUUUUUUAGAAAAGUCGACUCUUUUUUUUUUUCAUCCUACUACUUCCGUUUCACCCAGUACCUCCCAGGUUUAUUUUUAUUGCUUGCUUUCUUCAUUCAUUUCCCUUGUCAUUUCCCUUCUCUUCACUGUCUCUCAUUUGAUUGCAAACAUUGUUUAUAGCUAAAGUUAUGUUUGAUUACAUAUUACAGGCGUUCAACACAUUCAUCGAUGAUGUGUUUGCUUUCAUUAUUGUGAUGCCAACCGCCCACCGUCUGGCCUGUUUCAGAGACGACGUUGUUUUCGUUAUUUACCUCUACCAGAGAUGGUAAGCACUCCUCUAAUAUCUCCUUUAUCCUUGCUUUCUCUUGGAUUACUUUUGCAUCUUUUGCGUUUGUAUUUCUUCCCGAAGUCAUAUAUUGUAAACCCCUUUAAGCUGAGGGUCAGCCCUGCAUAUGACUCAGCUUAGUUGAAAGUAAAAUUCAAAGCAUAUUGGUCUGCAGGUUGUACCCAGUCGAUAUGAAGAGAGUCAACGAGUUUGGUGUGUCAUACGAAGACCAGGGAGAAGAGGACAAGCCUCACAAAGACUAGCUAUUUCGUUAAUACUACAAAUGAUAACUGAUAAUUCUCGUAGUUAGCACAAAAUAAAAUGCAAAAUUUUAAAACGGGAACUUGCCCAAUGACAAAUGCUGCCAUUAAAAACAUGGGCAAUCAUCGUCUUCAGUAUCGCUGAGUAGGCUCCGGGUAUCCUUCACAGCCGUUGUUUGAUCUUGUCAUGCAACGUAGGAGUGGGCCUAGUGUGACGAGAUAUAAGAAAGACUGGGAAAAUAGCAAGUAGCGUCCACACGGUUGUGCGAAGUACAUUAAGGGUUUGGAGGUGGGAUCAUUCUCAGGGGAAGUAUGGCUACAGUACGUGCACGGGCUGACAUGAGAAGAAAGGCUCGAGGUGAAGCCCUACAACAAGGAUGAUCUCCAAGCAGACUUGGUUGAGCGGAAAGAGAGGUACUUCACCCACUACUCCGCCCUCCCCCGCCCCUUUAUCAUUGCUAUGACUACUACAGUGUGUACCAACACUGCUACAGCAACAAACAUGAGAAUGAAAUUAAUUGAGUGAGGGACUGGUUAUAAGAUAACAAAUCGGUUUGGUUGUCUUUUGGCAAAAGACGAGA